CUGAUUUGGCUCUGGUCACACCAAACAGCUGUUCCAUUUGCGUCGUUUAAAUUGUUUUUUUUACAACAAAUUGCAUCCGAAUCUUCCAAACCGGGGUUCCAAAAAUGGAGUCGCCCACCUCGCACCUGGUGGCCAAAGAUUUCCAGGUGACGGGCGUUUCGCGCAGUGGACGCGUACGCAAAAAGUCGUCGAAACUGUUGGAUUUUGAAUCGCCGGAGGAGAUCGAGAAGCGCACAAGGCGCCAAAGUGGCGGUAGGCAGCCAUCCAGAUACUCGGGCCGCGGCAGGCCAUCGAAUGCACUGCGAGACUUGGAUCUCGACCAGGAGAUGCUCGUGGAUGAUCCAAAUAUCUCCGAUAGCGAGGAAUUCCAUCCGGAAACACCGACAACGGCCGUGACCAUUCUGAAUUCCGACGAUGAACUGGACAAUCUGGUGCAGGAUCUCGUCGAUGGCGUGCAAGCGGAGGCCACCAGCCAGGAGUCACCCGUACGCCAGAGUCUCUACAUGCGCGAGAAGGCCAACAAGCGUCAGGUGCUCAAGGACGGCAAGGUGGUGAAUGCCAAGGUGCAGCGCAAGGACAAGGGCAAGCAGCGCUACACCGCCUACAGCCUGUGGGCCAGGGAGGCGCGCAAGAAGGAUCUCCAGGAUCUAGACUUCACAAGCGCCACCAGACGCCUCAGCGAGAUGUGGGCAAACGUUUCCAAUCGGGACAAGAACGCCUGGCGGCGCAAGGCCAAAAUCCAGGCGUCCAGGGCCAGAACACGCGACAAAGCCGGUCCCAAUGGUGCGCCCCAACUGGCGAGCAACGGCAGCACGGCACUGGCCGAUCCUGCGCAGCACGAGACCAUCUUUCAGAACCGAGCGACGACGAGUCGCACUCGCAAACUGGCCGCCGAUCGGCAGCAAUCCUCGAUAGAAGCGGCGGCUGCGGCUGCAGCGGCGGGCAGCGCGACGCAGCGGCGCAGCAUCAACACACGAAGUGCCAGGUCGCAGGCCUCAACGAGCGCGUCGAAACAGCACUCGCAUUCGCACACGGAUGCGGAUGUGGGCGGCCGGACCAGCGGCGGUCAGCAGAAGCAUGAGGAGCUGCACAAGACCAGCAUCGAGGUGAUCGAUGCGGCGGCGCACCUGAAGCUGCUGGGCGAGAGCCUGACGGUGAUUGGCGAGCGCCUCAAGAAGCACAAUGGAUACGUGGCGCUCUCGGGCAGCUUGUCCGUGCUCCUGGACAGCUUGCUCUGCGCCAUGGGCCCGCUGCUGUGCAUGACCACGCAGAUACCCGGCAUGGAGAACAAGGUGCAGCUGAGCAAAAACCUAGCCGACACGCUCGACAACAUCGCGUACGUAAUGCCCGGACUAUGAGCGAGAUUUCCGGAUAUCCCAAUGACCACAUACGCAUAUGCAUAUGCAUAUAUGCACAUACACAUAUAUAGAUAUAUAGUAAACCAUACCAGGCAGCUGAGCUUCCAGCGGGGACUAAAGUCGCCAUCGGAAAUGUAUCUGUAUGCUAGUUAAGAGUUAGCCUGAGCCAACACCUGAACACAAAUAACCACUUAGACAUCCCUAGUUGAUAAGCAGAAGCAUCUCGAUCUUCGUUAAGUAAAACUAUCUAAAGGUCUCCCUCGAACUUUUGUGUUUGUUUCUUGGAUUGCAAGCGAAGCACUAUGGCUGAAAUGGAACGGCUUAGUAUUGCACUUAUUUAUUCCCUUUUUUUGUGCUAAAUAAAUUAUAAGUAAGCGAAAACGUACUAGAAUUAUAAAACAUGGAAUAUCCUAUAAUGCGUAAGUCCAAUAAAUGUGAAGCACACGA